AUGGCUGCACCGGCUCCCGUACGUCCUCCCACGGACCGAUACAACUCGGUCGAGGACUAUCACAACCACUACUCCAACCAAAAUUCCAAUGACACCCUCGGCCCGGGCGACCAUCACCCCGAAAAGCGAGGCAUCGACCCCGGUCGUCAUGCCGACAUGACCCAGCUAAAUGACGACCUUGAACUUCUCCGCGCUGAGCAACUCAUCUCCAAUCAAGAACACGACCUCGAACUGCAACGGUCGCGAUCCCGCAACCGCACCCACAACCCAGUCCCCGAGGAUGCCUUUAACCAGAUCGACUCGCCCUAUGGACUGGAGAGGAAGAAGAACGAAGAUGCCGCCCUAUACAAGCUCUGGAGCUUUUUGAAAAAGUUUCCUCGCUUCAUCCGCUACAUCGCGUACAUGUUGCCCGUGGCCCUCCUGCUGCUGCUGCCCGUGCUCCUUGGCGCAUUUGCUGUAGACAAUAGGCGCCAUGCCGUUGGUGGUAACGGGGGUGUCAAUUUGAUGUGGUUUGGAAUCUGGCUCGAGAUUGUCUGGUGCUCCCUCUGGGUGUCUCGCAUGCUCACCAACCUGCUGCCCCCCAUGAUGCAGACCGCAUGCAAGAUUGGAGGAUCGACCAACCCGAAAAAGUGGAAGGACGUCGGGUCCCAGCUCGAGCUGCACGCCGCCAUGUUUCUCUGGUUCCUCGCCAUCCUCGUCUCCUUCAAGCCCACCACGGCCCAGAAGCGCGUCGCGCCCAUCGGCGGCGAUGAAAAGGCCGACUCGCAAAACUGGAUCGACAUCGUCUACAAGGUCAUCAUCGCGCUCUUCGUCCUCUUCACCCUCAACUUCAUCGAGAAGAUCAUCAUCCAGUGGAUCGCCACCUCGUUCCACCAGCGCACCUACGCCACCCGCAUCGAGAACAACAAGGGCGACAUCCGACAGCUCGUGCAGCUCUUCGAGCAUGCCAAGACCAAGCUCGAGGACACCGAAAGCUUCCUCAAGGGCGAGAACUCGCGCGUCAGCGGCACGCAGACGCCCAUGCGCAUCCUCCACAACAACGCGCGAAACGUCCUCGGCAAGGUGGGCUACGUCGCCGGCAAGGUCGGCAACGACCUGAUCGGGCGCAAGGUCAGCGAGAACCAGCCGCGCAAGGUCGUCACGGAGCUGCUGCGCAGCACCGCCUCGGCUUUCACGCUGGCGCGCCUCAUCUACCGCAGCCUGGUCCGCCCGGACCGCGACACGGUUCACAUGGAGGAUAUUCGAGAGGUCUUCACCACCGACGAGGAGGCCGAUGCCGCCUUCAUGGUCUUUGACAAGGACCUCAACGGCGAUAUCUCCGUCCAAGAGUUUGAGACGGUGUGUAACGAGAUUCAUCUUGAGAAAAAGGCCAUUGCUGCGUCGCUGAAGGAUCUUGACUCUGUUAUCCAGAAGCUCGAUAAGGUUUUUCUGUUCAUCAUCGUCAUCAUAUCCAUCAUUGUCUUCAUCUCCAUCCUCUCCGGAUCCGCCGCUGCAGGCCUUGCCUCCGCUAGUACCUCCGUUCUCGGCCUUGCAUGGGUGCUCCAGGCCACGGCGCAAGAGUUCCUCCAGUCCAUCAUCUUCGUCUUUGUCAAGCACCCUUUUGACGUGGGUGAUCGUGUCACCAUCUACGGCUCCACUGGCGACAAGAUGACUGGCGAUGACUACUAUGUCACCGAGAUUUCGCUCCUGUACACCGAGUUCAAGAAGAUGCAGGGCCAUAUUGUGCAGGCCCCCAACUCCGUGCUCAACAAUCUCUUCAUUCUCAACCAGAGACGGUCCAACGGCCUUGCCGACCCUGUCCCUCUGGUUAUGCGUUUUGGCACCCCUGUUGAGAAGAUUGACGAGCUCAAAGACCGCAUGCGCAACUUUUGCCUCGAGAACAAGCGCGAUUACCAGUCUACCAUCAUUUCAGAAAUGGUCUCCAUCGAUCAGCUGCGCUCAUGCACGAUGAACAUCAUCUUCUUCCACAAAACCAACUUCCAGAACGAACUGCUGCGCCUCAACCGUCACAACAGGUUUGUCACGGAGCUCAUGGCUCAGAUGCUCGAGGUUGGCAUCCAGGCCCCCAUGCGCAUCGAGCCCGGCGGCAGCCGCGACACCCCCAUGUACUGGUCCAGUAUGCCUGCGCCGCCCGCGUAUGCUCAUGAUCAGGACGGUGAGCAUCACAGUGGAGGUGACGGCCACUCGAAACCGUCAUCUGUGCCGCUGCGACGAGGAUCUGUCCUGCGAACGCACAAUGCCCCCCGCGAGAUGACGAUCAUGGAGGAGGAGGCUGCCCUGACGAGCUUCGGCGACGUGUUUGAGAGCCGUCGCGACCAGGCGCUCGCGCGCAGGAUGGUGUCCAUCCGCGAGAAGGAGAGGGCGGAGAAGGCUUCAGAGGGGGCCGAGUCGGAGCCUCGCGCGUCGACGACGUCGGCGGCGGUUCACAGAUCUUCAACAGAGUCGCACCGGGCGCGGCUGUUUUCGCGGCCUCGACGCGAUACCACAACCACUCGCCAUGAGGAUGAAAUGGUGUAG